UACACAACUAGCAGAUCGAAGUGGGAUUGUACGGUUGAAAACACGAGGCUUGGCCGCUGCGUAAACUCAACUCGUGCUACAUAUAUCCAUUUCAUUGUAACGUUUAAAACUAUCCUCAGAAUAUAAAUAUACUUAAACAUGAGAGUAACCACGGUAUGUCCGGCGUUGCUCGCUCUAGCACUCGUCAUCGGGACUUCCAGAUCCCACCCGCUCGAAGGGAAUCGAAAACCAAGAUCCGAAGAGGGAACCGUAUCGUAUUCGGGCUAUAAACUCUUCCGCACCGACGUCCCGCUGCCUCAGUUACCUGUCGUCGACUCCUUGGAUUCUUCUGACGGCGUGGACGUGUGGUCUUGGCGCUACAACGACCAGAGGCUGGAGUACGAGUUGGAUGUGCUGACACCUCCGGAUGCGGAACAACAGGUAAAACAAGUGUUCUCCGACUACCAACUGAAUUACCAAGAGGUUAUCAAGGAUCUCCAGAGCGCCAUUAACGAGGAAUUGGGAGAGGAUGAACUUUUGUGGAACCGACCCGGCCAUCCCAUGACGUGGGAGAAGUAUCACUCUACCGAAGAUAUGAACCAAUUCCUCGACUACUUGGAGGGCCGUUACCCUCACCUCGUCAGCCUCAUCGAGAUAGGCCAGAGCUUCGAGAACAGAACCCUGCGCGUCGCCAAGGUUUCCACGGGAGGGGAGAACAAGCCCGCCAUUUGGAUCGAUGGAGGCAUCCACUCCAGGGAAUGGGUGUCCCCUGCCACAGCCAUGUUCAUCCUGCACCGCCUCGUCGAGUUCAACUGGGAGGACCAUGAGAUUAUCAAUGAGUUCGACUGGUACAUUCUUCCCUUGGCCAACCCCGACGGCUACGAGUACACCCGCCACCACGACCGCCUUUGGAGAAAGACCCGAUCCGUCAACCCGGAAACGCCCGGGUGCAUCGGGGUAGACGCCAACCGCAACUUCGGGUAUCAUUGGAUGGAAGGAGGCUCCUCGAGUCAUCCUUGCAGUGAUAUCUACGCCGGCCCGACUGCCUUCUCCGAGCCCGAAACGAUAGCUAUUAGGGACUUCUUGAUGGAGAAUAAGGAUCAGCCUAAACCCAAACUCAUUUCCACUUCCACUCCCACUCCCACUCCCACACCUACCCACACUCACUCCAACUUUCACUCCCCAAUCCCCUCCUCAUUCAAACUCCCACACCUACCCUUCCCUCACCCAUCCCCUUCUCCCUCUCCCACUCCCCAAACCUUCCCUCACCCAUCCCCAUCCCCUCUCCCACUCUCACUAUCCCUUUUACCCCAACAGCUGAAGGUGUACGUGUCCAUGCACGCUUAUUCCCAAAUGUGGAUGCUUCCCUGGGGAUUCAGUCAAGAAAGGCCAGAAAAUUACAAGGACCUUUAUGAAGUGGCACUGAAUGCUACGAGCGCCCUGGAGGAAUCUUAUGGCACUAAAUACCGCAUCGGAAGCAUCCCCGACUUGCUGUAUGUGGCGGCAGGAGGUUCCGGAGACUACGCCCUGGGAGCUGUUGGCAUUCCUUACUCCUACUCCCUCGAACUCCGCGAUCUGGGGAGCUACGGUUUCAUCCUGCCAAGAGAGCAAAUCAUGCCAACAGCUCGGGAAACCUACGACGGAAUCAAGGCCAUGGCACAAGCUGUCUUCGAAAAGCUCCAGGUUUCUGGGAGCACGAACACUGGGGUAUAAUAACAGGAACGUAAUAGUAACGUUAUGAAGUCAUCUACCCCAGAGCGCCCUUGUCCUCUCGCGUCAAGCCAGUAGCCUGUCAUUCCCCACUAAACUCCUCUACCCCUUUACUCAUGUUCACUCAUCAUUCCCCCGUCAUUUGUGGUCUUAUUAAAUCCCGUAAGUCUAGUUCACACGGGAAAGACUUUGCAACCAUUUCCAUGCAUAUCUUUAUCGUCUGUAUCACUCCCAAACCAUUCCAGAAUCUCGAAUUCAUUUUGGCAUUUGCUCCUUAUAUAAGGUGUUACCCUUCCCUCUUCCCAUUUUCCUGUCAAGCUAUAAUUUUAACCCUCCUAACCCCAACCCCAAUCACUACCAGUAUAAAGAGAAUGUUUAUUUAAUCUAGUAAAACUGAAAUGAACUGUCGAUAGUCUGCAUUUCAUGGCACAGAUGUGUUUGGCUUUGUCUACAAUAUCCCAAAGGAAGGCAGAAAAGGUGAUUAUUUAGCACAGGUGUAGACUUAAAAAUUAUAUAAUUGUCCUUUUACAGCACCAUUAAUUCAUGUGAUAUAUGAUUGACAAAUAUGUAAGGUGUAAUGCAUAUUUAUGAGCACGAUAUUUAUUAAAUAAGUUUAUUUAUGUAUAGGAUAUAUUUAUUGUAUUAACUUAUUGAAUAUACAAAAUGUGAAGGAUUCAUGGUACAAAAUAAGAAUUCAAUCA